AUGAGCAAUGAAGUAGUCAACCAUGAUGCCAAAAUUUCGAGAGAUGGUCAGAUCUGCCCCAAUCUGACAGUGACGAAUUUCUUCCGCUUCUACUUUGGAUCUUUGGAGGUGGAUGGCAACAAAGUUCUAUUGCAGACCCGAGAUUAUGGCAAGCCUGUGCUUGGUGUCUCGAUCAACUACCGACUCGCUGCUUUUGGCUUCCUAGACUCGAAGGAAGUGCGGGUGAGUUAA